AAGACUUUCUUUCUCUCGUUAGUCUUUCAAUUAGGACGUUGCAAAGUCUCAAAUCAACAUAUUCCAUUAAUUCCAUUUUUUCCCCUUCAAUUACUUUUUUUUUUCUGUAAAAACAGAGUGAUCCUCCAAGUUUCAUUUAAAAAUGGCAGAGACAAGAGAAUCUUUCUGGUGAACCCAAGAGCCAAACCCUGCUUCUUUGGAGUCUCUGUUCCAUGUUCUCAACCCUAUUUCUUUCAUUCAAGCCCCGGUAACCCAAUUCCUAAGGCUUACAACAGAGAGUUCUAUAAUGGAAAGGGGUCCCACAUAUGGAGCUUAUGCAGAGCUGAGAGAAACAAAGCUGAGAAUGAAGAGUGGGAUGAUGCAACAAGAAAAGGAAGAAAUCGAACUAAAACAAAUGCCGACGAAGAAACAAGUGAAGUUUAGUUCAAGUGUGGGGGUUUCGAGGAAAGGGUCCUCUAUUUUGGCUCAAUCGGUGUCUAAUUUUUCAGCAACUUUAAGGAAAGAAAACCAAAAGCCACCAGUUAGGAGUGGGAUGGAAUUGGCACCACCACUAGCAUCAGGGAAUAACUGGACAAAAGAGAAUGGGGUGUGGCCGUCGAAUUCGAGGGGGAGUAAACCUGCGAAUGCCGGGGAGAAGAAAUGAAGGAUGAUGAUGUUAAAAAAGAUUGUUGCAAGUGUUGAAGAUUUGAAGGGGAUUUCAUUAGCAUCGACCAAUGCUAUUAAUGGUGAAAACAGGGGAGGGAAAACUAGUCCCGGAAGUGUUGCUGGCAAUGGUAAUACUAUUUUGGGGUAUAAAUAGUUGUAGUAAAUAAUAUUAAGGGUUUGAACUUGACUUGGGUUUUCUGGGUUUCUUGAUUGGAUUUUGUUUGAUGUUUUUACAAGAAUUGGUACCACAUGUUAGAGAGAUAUGAAGCUUGUGUUGUUUGUAAUGGGAGAUUGUUGAUCUUCCUUUGAAUCACUGAGUUGAAUUUUUCAAUAAAUUCAAGAUUGAAAAUAGAGACACUAAAGAUUGAAGAGUUAA